AUGGGAGUCGGUGGGGCUAUCCUCCGCUUUUUUAAUCUUGGACUGCGUGUUUUGCAGUUCCUUGAUGCUGCCGUAAUUCUCGGCAUUUUCUCCUACUUCUUGGCUGUCUUGACCAGGAAUGACCAAACCAUUGAGACAUGGAUCAAGGCCGUCGAAGGUUUAGCAGGCGCAGCAACCGCCUAUAGUCUGCUAGGAGUCAUUUUCACCUGUUGUUUAGGCGGUGUUGCCUUCUUUGCAUUCCUGGGCGUAGCCCUGGAUGUAUGCUUUGUGGGCGCGAUGGUCGCUAUCGCCAUCCUUACCCGCGAUGGUGUUGGCCAAUGUACCGGAACAGUCGACACACCAAUGGGCACCGGCAACGCCAACGAUGAUACUGCUUCCAAGGGGCUAAAAUUCAGCAUGGCCUGCAAAUUGGAAAAGGUCGUUUUCGCCGUGGCAAUUAUCGGAAUCUUCUUCUAUUUGAUCUCGAUCGUAUUCCAAGUCCUUCUUGCCCGCCACCACAAGCGAGAGAAGCGUUUCGGUCCCUCUCCCAGCAACGGCUACACCAGCGGUAGCCGCAAGGCAUUCUGGCGCCGUAACAAGAACAACCCCGAGGCCCCCGCCGCCGGCGCCGAUGCCCUUCCCGGUCACCCAACCCCCCAUGACCUCGAGAUGGAUGGCGAGCCUAAGCCAGACAGCCGCUGGUUCAGCUCAUGGGGCAGAAACAAGAACACCAAUGUCCCGACUGCUGCUCCAGCUGCCGGGAGCUAUGGUUAUGGAAACUCGGCAUACACUGGCAACAUCUAG